AUGGCUGGGGUUAUCUCUCACCAUGCGCUGGCAUCUUCGCAAUCCCACUGGUGCCGUGCGAAGAACUCUAGAUUCGAAAAGAGGGCGGGCAGUGUCCGCUUGGUUUAUGUAAAGGGAAGCUGUGGUUCAGGCAGCCGAAAACUGGGUUUGGUGUGGGCCUCGAGCUCGCAGUCUUCUGUCAUGGAGCCGAUGCAGCUACCAUCGGAUGGCAACAGUGGCCAUACCCCAAAGAAAUCAAGUGAAAGCGCUCUUAUAUUGAUUCGGCAUGGCGAAUCCCUGUGGAAUGAGAAAAAUCUGUUUACUGGUUGCGUUGAUGUACCCCUGACACCAAAGGGUGUUGAGGAGGCCAUUGAGGCAGGUAAAAGGAUAUGCAAUAUCCCAAUCGAUGUAAUAUAUACUUCAUCACUGAUUCGUGCUCAGAUGACCGCAAUGCUUGCCAUGAUGCAGCAUCGGCGCAAGAAGGUGGAGUCAGAUAUACGGUAUGGUGAGUUACAAUGCCUUAAUAAGCAAGAAACUGUAGAUCGAUUUGGCAAAGAACAAGUUCAUGAGUGGCGCCGCAGUUAUGAUAUCCCUCCCCCAAGUGGAGAAAGCCUAGAGAUGUGUGCUGAGAGAGCUGUUGCUUAUUUCAAUGAUCAGAUCGUUCCACAACUUGUGGCUGGAAAACAUGUGAUGGUUGCUGCACAUGGGAAUUCACUUCGUUCAAUUAUAAUGCACCUGGACAAAUUAACUUCUCAAGAGGUAAUAAGCCUUGAGCUGUCUACUGGCAUUCCCAUGCUUUACAUAUUCAAGGAAGGAAAGUUUAUUCGACUAGGACCUUCGGAGGCCAGUGUUUAUGCUUAUACCAGGACCUUGGCUAAAUACAGACAGAAGCUUGAUAGUAUGGUUCAGUAA